GCGCUGGUCGUAAGGGGCGCGUUUGGCCGCCAUUGUGUUCCUGGAAGAAGCGCUGUUGCAGAAGUGUGCCUCUGUGAAAGCUGCAGUUUGAAACACCAUGGCCGGGGUGUUUCCAUACAGACCGGUGGCUCCCUCAAUUCCCGGUCCACCUGUUGCUCCUGAUUACAUGUCCGAGGAAAAGUUACAGGAGAAAGCUCGCAAAUGGCAGCAGUUACAGGCAAAGCGUUAUGCAGAGAAAAGGAAGUUUGGCUUUGUAGAUGCUCAGAAGGAAGACAUGCCACCAGAGCAUGUCCGAAAAAUCAUCCGUGACCAUGGAGAUAUGACAAACAGAAAGUUCCGACAUGAUAAGAGAGUGUACCUUGGAGCUUUGAAGUAUAUGCCUCACGCUGUGUUGAAAUUACUGGAAAACAUGCCCAUGCCUUGGGAACAGAUCCGGGAUGUUCCUGUGCUGUAUCACAUAACUGGCGCCAUCUCAUUUGUCAGUGAGAUUCCUUGGGUCAUUGAACCUGUAUACAUAGCUCAAUGGGGCUCUAUGUGGAUUAUGAUGAGACGAGAAAAGAGGGACAGACGGCACUUUAAAAGGAUGAGGUUUCCACCUUUUGAUGAUGAAGAACCUCCACUGGAUUAUGCUGACAAUAUCCUUGAUGUAGAGCCCUUGGAGGCUAUCCAACUAGAGCUAGACACAGACGAAGAUGCACCAGUCAUCGACUGGUUCUAUGACCACCAGCCUCUAAGAGACAGCAGAAAGUAUGUGAAUGGUACUACAUACCAACGUUGGCAGUUCACCCUACCAAUGAUGUCUACACUUUAUCGAUUGGCCAACCAACUGCUCACAGAUCUGGUGGAUGAUAACUAUUUCUACUUGUUUGAUCUCAAAGCCUUCUUCACCUCUAAGGCUUUAAACAUGGCCAUUCCAGGUGGACCAAAAUUCGAGCCUUUGGUUCGGGACAUUAAUUUGCAAGAUGAAGACUGGAACGAGUUUAAUGACAUCAAUAAAAUCAUUAUCAGACAGCCAAUCCGCACAGAGUACAAGAUUGCUUUCCCCUAUCUGUACAACAACCUUCCCCACCACGUACACCUAACCUGGUAUCAUACUCCAAAUGUUGUUUUCAUCAAAACGGAGGAUCCUGAUCUCCCGGCUUUCUACUUUGAUCCGCUUAUCAAUCCCAUAUCUCACAGACACUCUGUAAAGAGUCAAGAACCACUGCCAGAGGAUGACGAGGAGUUUGAAUUGCCUGAAUAUGUUGAACCAUUCCUCAAGGAUACCCCUCUGUAUACUGAUAACACAGCAAAUGGAAUUGCUUUACUCUGGGCACCUCGUCCUUUCAACUUACGAUCUGGCAGAACACGAAGAGCUGUGGACAUACCCCUGGUGAAGAAUUGGUAUCGUGAGCAUUGUCCUGCAGGACAACCAGUGAAAGUUCGGGUCUCUUACCAAAAGCUGCUGAAAUACUAUGUUCUCAACGCCCUUAAACACAGGCCACCAAAGGCUCAGAAGAAGAGGUAUCUUUUCCGUUCAUUCAAAGCCACAAAGUUCUUCCAGUCAACAAAGCUGGACUGGGUAGAAGUCGGGCUACAAGUUUGUCGUCAGGGCUACAACAUGCUGAACUUGUUGAUUCACAGAAAAAACCUAAACUAUCUCCAUUUGGAUUACAAUUUCAAUCUGAAGCCAGUGAAAACGCUGACCACAAAGGAACGUAAAAAGUCUCGAUUUGGAAAUGCUUUUCAUUUAUGUCGAGAGGUUCUUCGUUUAACCAAACUGGUUGUGGACAGCCAUGUACAGUACAGACUAGGAAAUGUGGAUGCUUUUCAGUUGUCAGAUGGAUUGCAAUACAUCUUUGCUCAUGUUGGACAGCUGACCGGGAUGUACAGAUACAAGUACAAACUUAUGAGACAAAUCCGUAUGUGCAAAGACUUAAAACAUCUUAUCUAUUACAGAUUCAACACGGGUCCUGUGGGUAAAGGACCAGGCUGUGGCUUUUGGGCAGCUGGUUGGAGAGUUUGGCUCUUCUUUAUGCGUGGGAUCACCCCAUUGCUAGAAAGAUGGCUUGGAAACCUCCUUGCCAGGCAGUUUGAAGGACGCCAUUCCAAGGGAGUAGCAAAAACUGUAACAAAACAGAGGGUGGAAUCUCACUUUGACCUGGAGCUCAGGGCUGCUGUAAUGCAUGACAUCUUGGACAUGAUGCCAGAAGGUAUCAAGCAGAACAAAGCUCGUACCAUUCUGCAGCACUUAAGUGAGGCCUGGAGAUGCUGGAAGGCGAAUAUUCCCUGGAAGGUACCUGGCCUACCAACCCCCAUUGAGAACAUGAUUCUUCGCUACGUAAAGGCAAAGGCUGAUUGGUGGACAAAUACAGCUCACUACAACAGAGAGCGUAUUCGUCGAGGAGCCACUGUGGACAAAACAGUGUGUAAGAAGAACCUGGGGCGUCUGACCCGUCUCUACCUGAAAGCAGAGCAGGAGAGGCAGCACAACUACCUGAAGGAUGGGCCAUAUAUCACCGCAGAAGAGGCAGUAGCUGUGUAUACAACCACUGUGCACUGGCUGGAGAGCAGAAGAUUCUCCCCUAUCCCAUUCCCUCCUCUCUCCUACAAACAUGACACUAAGCUGCUCAUUUUGGCAUUAGAGAGGCUAAAAGAAGCAUACAGUGUGAAGUCCCGUUUAAAUCAGUCUCAGAGAGAGGAGUUGGGUUUGAUCGAACAGGCUUAUGACAACCCCCAUGAAGCCCUGUCCAGGAUUAAGCGUCACUUGCUCACUCAAAGAGCUUUCAAAGAGGUGGGAAUAGAGUUCAUGGACCUUUACAGUCAUUUAGUCCCUGUAUAUGAUGUGGAACCCCUAGAGAAGAUCACUGAUGCUUACCUGGAUCAGUACUUGUGGUACGAAGCAGACAAGAGGCGGCUUUUCCCUCCAUGGAUCAAGCCUGCUGAUACAGAGCCACCUCCUCUGCUGGUGUACAAGUGGUGCCAAGGUAUCAAUAACCUGCAAGAUGUUUGGGAUACCACUGAAGGCGAGUGCAACGUAAUGCUGGAGUCACGCUUUGAGAAGAUGUAUGAGAAGAUUGACUUGACUCUACUUAAUCGUCUCCUGCGUCUCAUUGUCGACCACAACAUUGCUGACUACAUGACAGCCAAAAAUAACGUGGUGAUAAAUUACAAGGACAUGAAUCACACAAACUCGUAUGGAAUUAUUCGUGGUCUGCAGUUCGCUUCUUUCAUUGUUCAGUAUUAUGGGCUGGUAAUGGACUUGUUGGUACUUGGGUUGCACAGAGCCAGUGAGAUGGCUGGACCACCACAGAUGCCCAAUGAUUUUCUCAGCUUCCAGGAUGUGGCCACAGAAUCUGCUCACCCCAUUCGACUUUUCUGCCGAUACAUUGAUCGGAUCCACAUCUUUUUCAGGUUUUCAGCUGAUGAAGCUAGAGAUCUUAUUCAGAGAUAUCUUACUGAACAUCCAGACCCCAAUAAUGAGAACAUUGUCGGCUACAACAAUAAGAAGUGCUGGCCAAGAGAUGCUAGGAUGAGACUUAUGAAGCAUGAUGUCAAUCUGGGACGUGCUGUUUUCUGGGAUAUCAAAAACCGUUUGCCUCGAUCAGUCACAACCGUACAGUGGGAGAACAGCUUUGUCUCUGUAUACAGCAAAGACAACCCCAACCUGCUUUUCAAUAUGUGUGGCUUUGAAUGCCGCAUCCUUCCAAAAUGUCGCACCAGUUACGAAGAAUUCACACACAAAGAUGGGGUCUGGAAUCUGCAGAAUGAGGUGACAAAGGAACGCACAGCUCAGUGUUUCCUGAGAGUGGAUGACGAGUCUAUGCAAAGAUUCCACAACAGGGUUCGUCAGAUCCUUAUGGCCUCUGGUUCUACUACCUUUACAAAGAUUGUAAACAAGUGGAACACAGCCCUCAUAGGCUUGAUGACUUAUUUCCGUGAGGCUGUCGUUAACACCCAGGAGUUGCUUGAUUUGCUUGUUAAAUGUGAAAAUAAAAUCCAAACCAGAAUAAAGAUUGGACUGAACUCCAAAAUGCCCAGCAGAUUCCCACCUGUUGUCUUCUACACCCCUAAAGAACUUGGGGGGCUUGGAAUGCUGUCCAUGGGACACGUGCUCAUUCCACAGUCUGACCUCAGGUGGUCUAAGCAGACAGAUGUUGGCAUUACCCAUUUCCGCUCUGGCAUGAGUCAUGAAGAGGAUCAGCUGAUUCCUAACCUGUACCGUUACAUCCAGCCAUGGGAGAGUGAAUUCAUCGACUCUCAGAGAGUCUGGGCUGAAUAUGCCCUAAAGAGGCAGGAAGCCAUUGCUCAAAACAGGCGUUUGACCCUGGAAGAUUUGGAGGAUUCAUGGGAUAGAGGCAUCCCACGUAUAAACACUCUGUUCCAGAAGGACAGACAUACCUUGGCUUAUGACAAGGGCUGGAGAGUUCGUACAGACUUCAAACAGUACCAGGUACUGAAACAAAAUCCCUUCUGGUGGACCCAUCAGCGCCAUGACGGAAAGUUAUGGAACCUGAACAACUACCGCACAGACAUGAUCCAGGCUCUCGGUGGUGUGGAGGGUAUCUUGGAGCAUACACUUUUCAAAGGCACAUACUUCCCCACAUGGGAGGGUCUGUUUUGGGAGAAAGCCAGUGGCUUUGAAGAAUCUAUGAAGUGGAAGAAGUUGACCAAUGCUCAGAGAUCUGGUCUGAAUCAGAUUCCAAACAGAAGAUUUACUCUAUGGUGGUCUCCCACAAUUAACAGAGCAAAUGUCUAUGUCGGAUUCCAGGUGCAAUUGGAUUUGACUGGCAUUUUCAUGCAUGGCAAGAUUCCCACUUUGAAGAUCUCCUUGAUUCAAAUUUUCAGGGCCCACUUGUGGCAGAAGAUCCAUGAGAGCAUUGUCAUGGAUUUGUGUCAAGUAUUUGACCAGGAGCUGGAUGCUCUCGAGAUUGAAACUGUGCAGAAGGAGACCAUUCAUCCAAGGAAGUCCUAUAAGAUGAAUUCAUCUUGCGCAGAUAUCCUUCUGUUUGCUUCCUACAAGUGGAAUGUGUCCCGGCCCUCCCUACUUGCUGAUUCCAAGGAUGUGAUGGACAGCACCACCACCCAGAAAUACUGGAUUGAUAUCCAGCUGAGAUGGGGAGAUUAUGACUCUCAUGAUAUUGAGCGAUAUGCCAGAGCCAAGUUCCUGGAUUACACUACAGAUAACAUGAGUAUCUACCCAUCCCCCACUGGUGUGCUGAUUGCCAUUGACCUUGCUUAUAACCUUCACAGUGCCUAUGGAAACUGGUUCCCUGGUGGCAAGCCUUUAAUACAGCAGGCGAUGGCAAAGAUAAUGAAGGCAAAUCCUGCUCUUUACGUUCUGCGUGAGCGUAUCCGCAAGGGAUUACAGCUAUACUCAUCUGAGCCCACUGAGCCUUACCUGUCAUCCCAAAACUAUGGAGAACUUUUCUCCAAUCAGAUCAUCUGGUUUGUGGAUGACACCAAUGUGUACAGAGUCACCAUUCACAAGACUUUUGAAGGUAACUUGACAACCAAGCCCAUCAAUGGGGCUAUUUUCAUAUUCAACCCGAGGACUGGGCAGCUUUUCCUGAAAAUCAUUCACACGUCUGUGUGGGCAGGGCAAAAACGUCUUGGACAGCUGGCAAAAUGGAAAACUGCAGAAGAAGUUGCUGCUUUGAUUCGAUCCCUGCCUGUUGAGGAGCAGCCGAAGCAAAUCAUUGUUACAAGGAAGGGAAUGUUGGAUCCCCUUGAGGUUCACUUGCUUGACUUCCCUAAUAUUGUGAUCAAAGGAUCUGAGCUGCAGCUACCUUUCCAAGCGUGUCUGAAGGUGGAGAAGUUUGGAGAUCUCAUUCUAAAGGCCACAGAGCCUCAGAUGGUUCUCUUCAAUCUUUAUGAUGACUGGCUGAAGACUAUUUCUUCAUAUACAGCAUUCUCUCGUUUGAUUUUGAUUCUACGAGCCUUACAUGUCAACAAUGAUCGUGCGAAGGUUAUCCUGAAACCGGACAAAACUACAAUCACAGAACCACACCAUAUCUGGCCCACUCUGACUGAUGAAGAAUGGAUUAAGGUUGAGGUUCAGUUGAAGGAUCUGAUUUUGGCUGACUACGGAAAGAAAAACAACGUGAAUGUGGCUUCUCUAACUCAGUCUGAGAUCAGAGACAUUAUAUUGGGUAUGGAAAUCUCUGCCCCAUCCCAGCAAAGACAGCAGAUAGCAGAGAUUGAAAAACAGACGAAAGAGCAGUCUCAGCUCACCGCUACUCAGACCCGAACAGUCAACAAACAUGGAGAUGAGAUAAUCACUUCCACCACAAGCAACUACGAGACCCAGACUUUCAGCUCCAAGACUGAAUGGCGUGUCAGGGCGAUAUCUGCUGCCAACCUUCACCUGAGAACCAAUCACAUAUACGUGUCUUCUGAUGACAUCAAGGAGACUGGUUACACUUACAUAUUGCCCAAGAAUGUACUUAAGAAAUUCAUCUGCAUCUCUGACCUGCGUGCUCAGAUUGCUGGCUAUCUAUAUGGUGUGAGUCCCCCUGACAACCCCCAAGUAAAGGAAAUCCGGUGCAUUGUCAUGGUGCCGCAGUGGGGAACACAUCAGACUGUCCACCUGCCCACCCAGCUGCCACAGCACGAGUAUCUUAAGGAAAUGGAACCUUUGGGAUGGGUUCAUACUCAGCCGAAUGAAUCGCCCCAGCUGUCUCCUCAGGACGUCACCAGUCAUGCUAAAAUCAUGGCUGACAAUCCUUCCUGGGAUGGAGAGAAGACCAUAAUCAUCACUUGCAGUUUUACACCAGGCUCCUGCACACUGACUGCCUAUAAGCUGACACCCAGUGGUUAUGAGUGGGGCAGGCAGAAUACAGACAAAGGAAACAACCCGAAAGGCUACCUGCCGUCUCACUAUGAGAGAGUUCAGAUGCUGCUCUCUGAUCGGUUCCUUGGGUUCUUCAUGGUGCCGGCUCAGUCUUCCUGGAACUACAACUUCAUGGGUGUCAGACAUGAUCCCAAUAUGAAGUAUGAGCUGCAGCUUUCCAACCCCAAGGAGUUUUAUCAUGAAGUUCACCGCCCGUCGCACUUUUUGAAUUUUGCUCUUUUGCAGGAGGGUGAGGUGUAUUCUGCGGACCGUGAAGAUCUCUACCAAUAAAUCCUGCAUUUAGCAGUUUUGAGGAUUUCAGUGACUGUUGAUAUUCAACACAAGGCUUUCGAGCAUUUGUUCAGAAUUUCAGUACAAUUUGUUUUGUUUUUUUUUAUUUCUGUGAUAGCUCUCAUCUUAUCCAUAAAAAAGGCAUGAGUCUUUCACUCUUUGGCCACAGCUCUGUAGAAAUUGUCUGAACAGUGUCAAUAUCUUAAGGUAUUGUGGUCUGUACUUCACAAUAUUGAUUAAUAAAACUUUUUUAUAAAUGUGA